GUUUCAAUUUCUGAUUGCCGCUCGACUCGUGCGGAUCGUUUGAGCUCGUCGAGCUGUUUUGGGGGGAAAACAUUGAUCUCUCGCUCGGUAACAAUAUGAUGUGGUUAUCAAUGCUGGUGCUGCUGUUGCCUUCGACUGCUGUGCUGUGUCUGGAGGACAAGACUAAAUCGACGGUUGUUGAUGACAUUUGGAACGCCUUCAGGGCUGUGACCAAUGACAGUGCGCUGCUCGAUCACAUCAUACCGGAAAUGUAUGCAGCCAGCAUGCAAAAGACAAAUCCCAGCUUCGUUUUCAAGAUGCCAACCAGUGAACGCGAUGGCUACCAGAUGCUCACGAUGCAACGCUCCGAUUUCUCAACACCAAUCUUCCCAAACAUCAGCAGUCAAUCAAAUAUUGUGGGCAAUGAUGCAGUGCAGCCAACAUUGGAUGGCAAUAGUCAUCUUAAGUCGAGUCCGGCAGUCGAAUGGCAACAGCUGGGAUUACAGGGAUGGGUGGGUGAACUGAAGCCGCCGUUGCCAUGGCAGGAGCAGUCACACAAAGAUGUGCACCCACAACCGCCAGCAUUGCCUUUGGCGGAAUAUCCACGCGAUGAAAUUAUGCACGAUUUGAAGAACCAACAUUUCAAUGGACGCGUUACGGACAUUCGAGUCAUUGCUAGCAAUCAGCAUUCGACGCCAGUUGAUGACCUGAUGAAUGGAGAGAAUGUUUACAUAGCACGUGCCAACGAUCCCUUUGGCUACUCCAUGCGAUGGGCCUUGAACAAUGACACAACUGCCCAAGAUCAGGCGUCGAAUGAGCGCGGCAAACGCGAUGUGGCCAGGCUGUACUCCAUGAUCAAGUGCUCCACGAGCUGUGAUCCCUUGAUCUACAAGGGUUAUGGCUGCUAUUGUGGCUUUGGUGGUCAUGGUGUGCCCACCGAUGGCAUCGAUCGCUGUUGCCGGCUGCACGACAAAUGCUACGGGCAGAGCAACUGCAUCUCGUACCUGGAAUACUUUGUGCCCUAUGUGUGGAAGUGUUAUCGUGGCAAGCCACUGUGUGCCAUCGAUCAUGGCGAGUGGGGUGGUCCAGAUUCUUGCGCGGCACGAUUGUGUCAAUGUGAUUUGCGGCUGUCGCGCUGUUUGCGCAAAUUCUAUUGCCCAAAUGGACGCGCUGUUUGCCGUUCGUCGCGUUCGCGUCGAUUGCAGAAUCUCAUAUUCUUCGAUUGAGUGCGAAGCUCAACUGCCAGCUGCCAAAGACAUAAUAAAAUUGUGCAAUCAACGUGUUUCCUAAAAAA